AUGGCAGGGGUAUUCGAGGAGAACCCUAAGACAGGGGGUCGAUAUAUCGUGCAAACUGUUCAGGAUGUGGAAGAUCAGCACUUCACCCCACAAUAUGGUCCAUCGAACCCUGUCAUCGCCGACGACGGGCAAAUCGUUACCCAGUAUGAACGCCAAAGCUUGAUCCGGGGUCUGGGGCAACGCCAUAUUCAAAUGAUUGCUAUUGCUGGCGCAAUUGGUACAGGUCUCUUUCUUGGUCUAGGCGGCUCGAUCGCUACCGGCGGUCCUCUGGGUGCCCUGCUAGGCUACCUGUUCAUCGGCCUGGUAGUCUGCAGCAUUCAAUUUGCAUUGGGAGAAGUCUCGGCUCUGCUACCAGUCACUGGUUCCUUUGUGCGACACACAGAGAUCUUAUGCGACCCCGCGCUAGGGUUCGCUGUAGGUUGGAAUGUUGUUUAUGGAUGCUUUAUCAGUGUUCCGAGUGAGAUCUCCGCCAGCGUGGUCCUUAUUCAAUACUGGACCGAUAUCAGUGCCGCCGUCUGGGUGACUCUCCUAAUAGUGGUCUCUGUGGUUGUUGCUAUCUCAUUCAUCCGCGUCUAUGGUGAGAUCGAAUUCGUUUUCGCCAUUCUCAAGAUUUUAUUGGUCAUCUUCGUGGUCAUUCUCGGCCUUGUCAUUGAUCUUGGUGGUGUGCCGGGUGUGCCCCGGCAGGGAUUCCAUUACUGGAAAGACCCCGGUCCAUUCGUCGAAUACAUCACUACUGGGUCUUUGGGACGCUUUCUUGGAUUCUGGGCUGUCAUGACCAAUGCAGUCUAUUCAUUCGCCGGUGUGGAAUCUUUGGCCAUGGCCGCUGCCGAAACAAAGAACCCGCGACAGAAUAUUCCCAAGGCCUGCAAAAGGGUGUUUGCACGAGUCCUGAUCUUCUAUGUCGCUGCUGUGCUGGUCGUGGGCAUGUUGGUCUCUAGCGCCGAUGAACGUAUCAGCUCAGACUCUGGUACCGCAGCUACGAGUCCAUUCGUCAUUGCCGCCGGCGAUGCAGGUAUCAAGGCUAUCCCCUCCGUCGUCAACGCCGUAUGCUUGACGUCUGCGUGGUCUGCAUCAAAUCAAAGUAUUCUGGCGGGAACCAGAACCUUAUAUGGUCUUGCGAUCAAGGGCCAUGCUCCGAAGAUAUUCCUGCGCACCACCAAGUGGGGCGUCCCUUAUAUGUGUGUGCUGCUGCAGAUUGCCUUCUCUCUCUUGGCUUACAUGUGUGUUUCCAACAACGCCAUGAAUGUGUUCUGGUGGUUCGUUGAUCUGACCGCGGCUGGUACCUUGGUCUCGUGGAUCACCAUCGCUUUGAACCACAUUCGUCUGUUGAAAGCGAUGGAUAAACAGGGCAUAUCACCAACCGAGUUGCCGUGGCAUAACCGCAUUACCAGAUACACAAGUUGGUUCGCAUUGGUCUCUUGUGUCCUGAUUCUCCUGACCGGAGGUUUCUCGGUUUUCACGGCUGGAAACUGGGACCCUGCUUCCUUCGUCUCGUCGUAUCUGGAUAUUCCACUCGUUCUAUUUGCGUACGGAGGCUAUAAGUUAAUCCGCCGGACAGAGAUCCUUCCUUUGAAGAUGGUGCCGGUUCAACAAGCGCUAGAUGAGGCCAACAAUGACCCGGAUAACGUGCCUAUUAAGAAAGACAGCUGGCUGGCAAAGAUGAAUAUUCUUUGGGGCUGA